AUGCGCGAAAGUGGCGCCCGCGCGGGGCGGGGUUUACUAUCAAGCGCCAGCGUUCCAGCCCCGCCCGGCUCGACGCUCCCGGAAGUGCGCGAGGGCUACGCGAAGGGUCCGCCGGGAGCUUUGGCUCGGGCCUCCCAUCUCUUGGCUGCACGUGGUUCGGCGCAUGGCCAAGCGCCAGGCGCUGCAGCCCCGGAGCCGCCGGCAUCGGUCGCCCGGGCGGUGUCAUCCCUGACUAUCGGUGACGCGUUCAUCGAGGUCGGCGAGAACCCCGUCCCGCUUCCGCGGCCCCCCGCGCUCCCGAGGAGGUUCAUCUGCUCCUUCCUCGACUGCAGCGCGAAUUACAACAAGGCCUGGAAGCUAGACGCACACCUGUGCAAGCACACGGGGGAGAGACCAUUUGUGUGUAACUAUGAAGGGUGUGGCAAAGCCUUUGUCAGGGACUACCAUCUGAGCCGCCACAGCCUGAUUCACACUGGGGAAAAGCCUUUUGUUUGUACAGCUAGUGACUGUGACCAGAAAUUCAACACAAAAUCAAACCUGAAGAAACAUUUUGAGCGCAAACAUGAAAAUCAGCAAAAACAAUAUGUAUGCGGUUUUGAAGGUUGUAAGAAGGCCUUUAAGAAGCAUCAACAACUGAAAAUCCAUCAGUGCCAGCAUACCAAUGAAUCACUCUUCAAGUGUACCCACGAAGGAUGUGGGAAAGACUUUGCCACGCCCAGCAGGCUGAAACGGCACAGGAAGGUGCACGAGGGUUAUAAAUGUCAAAAAGAUUGUUCCUUCGUCGCAAAAACAUGGACAGAGCUUCUGAAACAUGUGAGAGAAGACCAUAAAGAGGAAAUAAUAUGUGAAGUAUGCCAGAAAACAUUUAAACGCAAAGAUUACCUUAAGCAACAUAUGAAGACUCAUGCUACAGAAAGGACCGUCUGUCGAUGUCCAAGGGAAGGCUGUGGUAGAACCUAUACAACUCUAUUUAAUCUCCAGAGCCACAUUCUCUCUUUUCAUGAGGAAAGACGUCCAUUUGUGUGUGAACAUGCUGGCUGUGGCAAAACAUUUGCAAUGAAACAAAGUCUUACCAGGCAUGUAGUUGUACAUGAUCCUGAUAAGAAGAAAAUGAAGCCCAAGGUGAAACGAUCUCGUGAAAAACGGAGUUUGGCCUCUCAUCUCAGUGGUUAUAUACCUCCUAAAAAGAAACAAGAACAAGGCUCAUCUUUACCUACAAACAGAGAGUCACUCAGCUGUACUGGAGGCCAGGUGCUCUCGACAGCUGCAGUGCUUGCUCUCAGCUAGUGCUGGGCUGCUUUGUUGA